AAAAACUAUACCAAUGAAUUGGCCAUUGGCCCAAUACAUUUAAACCGAGAGAAUACCCUAGUGCAACUUCUUGAUCAUUUUUUUUUACUCUUGAAUAAUUGUUUGUCAGUCUCGAGCAAUGUCGGUGUUACGUACAAGCUUCCUGAUAAGAAAUAAAUUGAGAUUCUUCGGUACAGCAGUUGCAGAGACAGUAAAAUCUUCUGAAACAUCGGAAAAAACGAAGACUACGAUUUUAGAACGUUGGAAGUUGUAUUGGAAAAAUCUCUACCUCGAUUAUAAAGAUGUGGCUGUUGACAUCGUGAAAGAAUGCCGAACUCGUCCACUCAAGGCAGGAGUUUAUUUCUCAGGUAUAGCCAGUUGCUAUUACUUAUCUCGAACAAAUCCGGAUUUACUGACCUUUCGAGAGGAACUGCUGAGAAACUCGAUGCGUCUGAUGUACAUUGGUGAAUCAACUCGCAAUCAAAUUUCUAUGAGUCAUGUAUUGCACAUGGAGGAAUGCCUAAACAGCAACAUCGUGAGGAGACUGAACCUGGGGAUUGUUUCCUUCAUAUGGCUGGACAAUUACAGUGAUCAGUGUGAUCUGUACAAAGUGCAGUGCAACUACUUAAAACCACAAUAUACGAAAUUCAAUGAGAGAAUUGUGGACGUGGGAUUUCUAGGGAAGUGGUGGAUACUAGACGAUAAAAUGAGAAAUUAUGAUAUCAACGACAGCGAAUUUACCUAAAUCAAUAUUUAUUUUUUGUAUAAAAUAAACUCUGAAAAUUCGUAUUUAUCUUCUAUCGGAA